UAUUCUCUCUCUUUGUCAGUCCCUAUAUACAAACGGUGACCGUUUCGUUCACAAGUCACAAACAAUUCGCGUGUCCUUCACCUUCUUCAUUUCAUUAGUCUACUAACUAAACUACAUUCUUUCUUUCAUUUACCAACUUAAUCAAAUUAACCAUAACAUUACACCAUAACACUAACACUAUACCGUACCCUCUCAUUUUCAUUUUCAUUUUCUCCAGGUUGGUUGGGAAGUACAUUUUUUUUGGAGGCAACAUGUUCCUUCUUAGAAGGCAAACCCAGAAUCAGCCGGAGAAUGCUUCCUUAACUCAGGAAGCUAAGGUGGCUGAAUUAAGAGCUGCUAUUGGGCCCUUAUCUGGGCGUCGGUUGAAGUAUUGCACAGAUGCAUGUUUAAGGAGAUAUUUGGAAGCACGAAACUGGAAUGUUGAUAAAGCCAAGAAAAUGUUGGAGGAAUCACUCAAGUGGAGGUCUUCUUAUAAGCCUGAGGAAAUCCGUUGGGCUGAAGUAGCACAUGAGGGCGAGACAGGAAAAGUCUCCAUAGCUAACUUUCAUGAUAUACAUGGGAGGGCAGUGCUUAUAAUGAGACCAGGGAUGCAGAACACAGUAUCAGAAGAAAAUAAUAUCAAGCAUUUAGUCUAUCUGCUGGAAAAUGCUGUACUUAAUCUUUCCGAUGGUCAAGAACAAAUGUCAUGGUUGAUAGACUUCACAGGAUUUUCAUUUAGCACAAAGAUUUCUACUAAAACUGCUCGUGAGAUUAUUCACAUUUUACAGGGCCACUAUCCGGAAAGGCUUGGUAUAGCUAUUCUGCACAACCCACCAAGAAUAUUUCAGGCUUUCUAUAAGGCUAUAAAGUUCUUCCUGGAUCCCAAGACAGCUCAGAAGGUAAAGUUUGUUUAUCCCAACAGUAAGGACAGUGUGGAGCUGAUGAAAUCACUCUUCGACAUGGAUAACCUUCCUAGUGAAUUUGGUGGAAAAACUACUUUAAAGUAUGACCAUGAAGAGUUCUCACGGUUGAUGACCGAAGAAGAUGCGAAAACUGCGAAGUUCUGGGGAAUUGAUGAUGAGAAGCCCUUCACCACUAAGAAUGGCCAUUCUGGAGCAGAGGUAGCACCAGAACCAGUGGCCUAGUAUAGUUAGUUGAUCAAGUUUUCAUAUGACAGCUGUUAUUACACCCAAACUGUAUUUUGUGGCUAGUUAUUAAGGAGGUGAAUAAACAGUGCUAUAUAGUUUUAUUCAUAAUGGCUAGUUACUGUAAUCCUCAUAUUUUCAUUGAUAUUCCUACACCCCAAUAAAGAGUAUUAAGGGUGUGGCUCCUAUGAUUUGAUAUUCCAACUACGUAGAUCGUGCAAAAUGAAGUUCUAGUGGCUCGAAUUCCACCUU